UUCAUAUAUAAAAAAGAGUGCAGAGAAAACCAACAUGUCUGCUAGUAAUUUUCAUACCAUUGUGCUGUCGUUGCAUUAACUUUCAGUUCUACAAGUGAAAAAAAAAAUCAUCUCCGCAUUUAAUUUUAUACAAUUUUGAAAAAGUGAGAGAACCAAGGGGGUUUUUAAUCAAAUCUUAUCCGAUAAACAACACAGCCACCAACCACAAUGGCGUCGAGCGAUUCCAAAGCUCCCGUACGCCAGGUUCGCAGAGUGCAAUUCGGUAUUUUGUCGCCUGACGAAAUCCGUCGUAUGUCUGUGACCGAAGGUGGUGUAAUGUUCCCAGAAACUAUGGAAGGAGGUCGGCCAAAACUUGGCGGUCUCAUGGAUCCGCGUCAGGGCGUCAUUGAUCGAACAUCCAGAUGCCAAACGUGCGCUGGAAACAUGACUGAGUGUCCUGGGCACUUUGGUCAUAUUGAUCUGGCAAAGCCAGUAUUUCACAUUGGUUUCAUUACCAAGACAAUUAAGAUUUUGCGAUGCGUAUGUUUUUAUUGCUCCAAAAUGUUGGUCUCACCCAACAAUCCUAAAAUUAAAGAAAUUGUUAUGAAGUCGAAAGGUCAGCCGCGAAAGCGUUUAGCUUAUGUUUAUGAUUUGUGCAAAGGCAAAACUGUUUGCGAGGGUGGCGAAGACAUGGACAUGACGAAAGAUGGGCAACAAGCUGAUCCGGGCAAGAAGCAGGGUCACGGUGGUUGUGGUCAUUAUCAGCCAUCGAUUCGUCGUACAGGACUUGAGCUGACUGCUGAAUGGAAGCACGUCAAUGAGGAUUCACAGGAAAAGAAAAUCGCCAUAACAGGUGAACGAGUUUGGGAAAUCCUCAAGCACAUCGUCGAUGAAGAAUGCUUCAUCCUCGGCAUGGAUCCCAAGUAUGCUCGUCCCGAUUGGAUGAUCGUCACUACUUUGCCAGUUCCCCCACUCUCAGUCAGACCGGCUGUGGUGAUGUUUGGAGCAGCCAAGAAUCAGGACGAUUUGACGCACAAACUGGCCGACAUCAUUAAGGCCAACAAUGAAUUGAAGAAAAACGAAGCGUCGGGUGCUGCCGCCCACGUUAUUCAAGAAAACAUAAAAAUGUUGCAGUUCCAUGUGGCCACUCUGGUAGACAAUGACAUGCCAGGAAUGCCUCGGGCCAUGCAAAAAUCCGGCAAACCUUUAAAAGCCCUGAAAACACGUCUCAAGGGCAAAGAAGGUCGUAUUCGUGGUAAUUUGAUGGGAAAGCGUGUAGAUUUCUCCGCUCGUACUGUCAUCACACCCGAUCCCAACUUGCGUAUCGAUCAGGUUGGUGUUCCGCGAUCGAUUGCCCAGAAUUUAACAUUCCCAGAACUGGUGACACCCUUUAACAUUGACAGAAUGCAGGAACUGGUACGACGUGGUAAUUCCCAGUAUCCUGGAGCCAAGUAUAUUGUACGAGACAAUGGAGAGCGUAUUGAUUUACGUUUCCAUCCCAAACCGAGUGAUUUGCAUUUACAGUGUGGUUACAAAGUGGAGCGGCAUUUGCGUGACGACGACUUGGUCAUCUUCAACCGUCAGCCAACGCUACACAAGAUGAGUAUGAUGGGGCAUCGUGUGAAGGUUUUGCCCUGGUCGACAUUCCGUAUGAACUUGUCGUGUACUUCACCCUACAACGCUGAUUUCGAUGGUGACGAGAUGAAUCUGCACGUCCCUCAAUCUAUGGAGACUCGUGCUGAAGUCGAGAACAUUCACAUUACUCCUCGCCAGAUUAUUACGCCACAAGCCAACAAACCCGUCAUGGGUAUUGUGCAGGAUACUCUGACAGCCGUACGAAAAAUGACCAAGCGUGAUGUAUUCAUCAAUCGCGAACAGGUCAUGAAUUUACUGAUGUUCUUGCCAACUUGGGAUGGCAAAGUACCACAACCGUGCAUUUUGAAACCACGUCCCUUGUGGACGGGUAAACAAAUCUUCUCGCUCAUUAUUCCCGGCAAUGUAAACAUGAUUCGAACACAUUCAACCCAUCCCGAUGAAGAGGAUGAUGGACCGUACAAAUGGAUUUCGCCUGGAGACACAAAAGUCAUGGUCGAGCAUGGAGAUCUGAUUAUGGGAAUUUUGUGUAAAAAGACACUGGGUACUUCGGCCGGAUCGUUGUUGCAUAUUGUUUUCUUGGAAUUGGGACACGAGAUCGCUGGUCGGUUCUAUGGUAAUAUUCAGACUGUGAUCAAUAACUGGUUGUUGUUGGAGGGUCACAGUAUCGGUAUUGGUGAUACAAUUGCUGAUCCUCAGACAUAUAAUGAAAUCCAGAUGUCAAUUAAGAAAGCCAAAGACGAUGUCAUCUGUGUUAUUCAAAAGGCCCACAACAUGGAAUUAGAACCAACACCAGGUAACACUUUGCGUCAGACUUUCGAAAAUCAAGUAAAUCGUAUUCUAAACGACGCUCGUGACAAAACUGGUGGCUCUGCUAAGAAAUCGUUGACAGAAUACAACAAUUUAAAGGCUAUGGUGGUGUCUGGUGCCAAAGGUUCCAACAUUAACAUCUCUCAGGUUAUUGCUUGUGUGGGUCAACAGAACGUCGAAGGUAAACGUAUUCCAUAUGGUUUCCGUAAGCGUACCCUCCCACAUUUCAUCAAAGACGAUUACGGUCCCGAAUCUAGAGGUUUCGUAGAAAAUUCAUAUCUUGCCGGAUUGACACCAUCUGAAUUCUAUUUUCACGCUAUGGGAGGUCGUGAAGGUCUUAUCGAUACUGCUGUAAAAACUGCUGAAACUGGUUACAUUCAGCGUCGUCUGAUAAAGGCUAUGGAGUCUGUCAUGGUAAAUUAUGAUGGUACAGUACGUAAUUCAGUCGGCCAGCUGAUUCAGUUGCGUUACGGUGAGGAUGGUCUGUGUGGAGAAACUGUAGAGUUUCAGAAUUUACCCACUGUCAAACUUUCCAACAAGUCAUUUGAGAAAAGAUUUAAGUUUGAUUGGUCAAAUGAACGGUAUAUGCGAAAAGUAUUCGCCGAUGAUGUUAUCAAGGAGUUGAGCGAGUCAAAUAAUGCUCUUCCUGAGUUGGAAACCGAAUGGGAACAAUUGUGUCGCGAUCGUGAGGCUCUAAGACAGAUUUUCCCAAGUGGAGAAUCAAAGGUCGUAUUGCCUUGUAAUUUGCAACGUAUGAUUUGGAAUGUACAAAAGAUUUUCCACAUCAACAAACGUGUACCCACUGAUUUGAGUCCAUUGCGGGUAAUUCACGGUGUAAGGGAUCUUCUGCAGCGGUGUGUCAUAGUGGUGGGCAACGAUCGUCUUUCCAAACAAGCCAACGAGAACGCCACGCUGCUCUUCCAGUGUUUGGUCCGUUCAACUUUGUGUACUAAAUAUGUUGCCGAAGAAUUCCGUCUCUCCACUGAAGCAUUUGAGUGGUUGAUCGGAGAAAUCGAAACACGUUUCCAACAGGCACAAGCAAAUCCUGGUGAGAUGGUGGGUGCCUUAGCUGCCCAGUCAUUGGGAGAACCUGCUACACAGAUGACAUUGAACACUUUCCAUUUUGCUGGUGUGUCUUCGAAGAACGUAACCCUGGGUGUACCCAGGUUGAAGGAAAUUAUUAAUAUUUCCAAGAAGCCAAAGGCUCCUUCUCUAACCGUCUUUCUUACUGGUGGUGCUGCACGUGAUGCUGAAAAAGCAAAGAAUGUACUUUGUCGGUUGGAACACACAACUUUGCGAAAGGUUACAGCAAACACAGCUAUUUACUACGAUCCGGAUCCACAACGUACUGUUAUAUCGGAAGAUCAAGAGUUCGUCAAUGUUUACUAUGAAAUGCCUGAUUUCGACCCUACACGUAUAUCUCCCUGGUUGCUUCGUAUCGAACUGGAUCGCAAGCGUAUGACAGAUAAAAAACUGACCAUGGAACAAAUUGCUGAAAAGAUCAAUGCUGGCUUCGGAGACGAUUUGAAUUGUAUUUUCAAUGACGACAAUGCAGAUAAACUAGUCCUCCGAAUUCGUAUCAUGAACAACGAAGAAAAUAAAUUCCAAGAUUCUGAAGAGGAUGCUGUUGAUAAGAUGGAAGAUGACAUGUUCUUGCGUUGUAUUGAGGCAAACAUGUUGUCUGACAUGACUCUACAGGGUAUCGAGGCAAUUGGUAAAGUAUAUAUGCAUUUACCACAAACGGACAGUAAGAAGCGUAUUGUCAUCACCGAGACUGGUGAAUUCAAAGCUAUUGGAGAGUGGCUUUUGGAAACUGAUGGUACUUCUAUGAUGAAAGUACUAAGUGAAAGGGAUGUUGAUCCGGUUAGGACGUUCUCCAACGAUAUCUGUGAAAUUUUCCAAGUAUUGGGAAUAGAGGCUGUGCGUAAGUCGGUCGAAAAGGAAAUGAACGCUGUGUUGCAGUUCUACGGAUUGUACGUGAACUAUCGACAUUUGGCUUUGUUGUGUGACGUAAUGACAGCCAAGGGCCAUUUGAUGGCCAUCACUCGUCACGGUAUUAAUAGGCAAGAUACUGGUGCUCUUAUGAGAUGUUCCUUUGAGGAAACUGUUGAUGUGUUGAUGGAUGCUUCUGCGCAUGCUGAGACAGAUCCUAUGAGAGGUGUGUCUGAAAAUAUUAUCAUGGGACAGCUGCCAAAGAUGGGAACUGGUUGCUUCGAUUUACUAUUAGACGCGGAAAAGUGUCGCUUUGGUAUUGAAAUUCCUAGUACAUUAGGAGCAGGCAAUCUUGUUGGUGGAAUGUUCUUUGGGGCUGCAUCCACACCAAGCAUGACACCGCCAAUGACACCAUGGGUGCAAUGUGGCACACCGAGAUUCUUCUCACCUCCAUCAGGAACAAUUAGUGGUAUGACUCCAGGUGGACCAAGUUUCUCACCUUCUGCUCAAUCAGAUGCAUCUGGUAUGUCUCCAAGUUGGUCACCAGGUCAUCCGGGAUCUUCACCAAGUUCUCCUGGGCCCCCAAUGUCGCCAUAUUUCCCACCAUCUCCGAGCGCAUCACCAGCAUAUUCUCCAACAAGUCCACAUUACACUGCUUCAUCGCCUGGAGCAGCAUCACCAACAUACUCACCGUCGAGUCCUAAUUAUUCUCCAACCAGUCCAGCAUAUGGGUCAGCAAGUCCACGUUUUACAUCUACAACACCCAACUUUGGACCACAAUCAACGGGAUAUUCCCCAACAUCAAGCGGUUAUUCACCAACAUCGCCGAUAUAUUCUCCAACCUCAAAUUAUCCAUCGUCAUCGACACCGUCAUUUUCGGGAGGAGGCUCCAAUACAUAUUCCCCAAACAGUGCUUAUUCUCCAACCAGCACAAACUAUUCACCCAAUUCCCCCAGUUAUUCCCCAACAUCCCCAUCAUAUUCUCCUUCAAGUCCCUCAUAUUCUCCGACUUCGCCCUGCUAUUCACCAGCUUCGCCGUCGUAUUCUCCUUCGUCGGCAAAUUACACACCGAAUACGCCAUCGUAUUCCCCAACUUCGCCCAAUUAUUCAGCAUCUCCGCAUUACUCCCCGGCUUCUCCGGCGUACUCACAAACAGGAGGCAAGUACUCACCAACUUCGCCGACAUAUUCGCCACCGUCACCAUCGUAUGACGGAAGUCCACAAUACACACCGGGAUCACCCCAACACUCUCCGGCAAGUCCUAAAUAUUCACCAACCUCUCCGCUAUAUUCACCAAGUUCGCCACAACAUUCUCCGGCUAAUCAAUAUAGCCCAACUGGAAGCAAUUAUUCAACGACAAGUCCACGUUAUACACCGAAUAUGUCAAUUUAUUCACCAAGCAGUCCCAAAUAUUCCCCGACCAGUCCAAAUUAUACACCAACUUCGAGGAACUAUUCUCCGACCAGUCCAAUGUAUUCGCCGACUGUUCCAUCAUCAACAGGGUAUAGUCCCACAAGCCCAGCUUAUUCACCAAGCAGUCCCACAUAUGACGAAACUGACGAUUAAACAUUUUUUUUAUAACAAUCUUUUUUUUUCUUUUCUUCUUCAUAUUCUUAUUUUAAAUUACAAUUGACCGUUGAGUAGUCUUUGAAUAAUUAUAUCAACAAAAUUAUAUAUUAAUAAAUAAAACUUUUUAUUAUGAAUGUAUUAAAGUUAUUAAUAAUUAUUAUUGAAAAACCAAUAAAAAUUAUAAAAAGAAA